GGAGGAUUCGGUUUCAAAAGGUGAAGAGAAGCUGGGAAUUAAGAAGGAGGAAGCAUUUUUUGCUGCAGGUCUGAGAAAGGGCAGACUGGCAUGGAGAAAGAGAAGUUCCAGCAGAAGGCUCUGAAGCAAACUAAGCAGAAGAAAUCCAAGUCGGCUGAAUUUCUGAUGGUAAAAGAAGAGAGAGCAGCAACAGAAGGCAUUGAAAAUCCAGCUUUUAACAUCAGCAGCACAGAUCUUUCAGCAUAUCAGCCUUCAGAAGAGAAAGUUAUUAGACAUGACAAGCCAGAUAGCACCCUUGCAGCUCACCAACAAAAACUCGGGCUACAAGCCCAUGCUGAACCAAGAGGAAAUGAAUACAGCAGAAAUUACUUUGACCCGCUGAUGGAUGAGGAAAUAAACCCAAGGCAGUGUGGGAUGGAGGUCAGUGAAGAAGAUCCUGUAAAAUCUGAUGAACAAAUCCUGUACUCUAAACUGAUGAAGCUUCUAGAUGAAGAAAACAAGAUGCUGGACUUCCAAGCAGCCCACGUCGUCAGUGAAGAUUUUCCAGAAUCCGUGAUGCCUGUCAGCUCCAGUAAGGCAUGUGACCUUCACAGGGAGCUUGAAGAUGAAGAGAUUCCUUCAUAUAUUGAACAGUUUGAGAGAGAUGUUCAAGAUGACAUAAUUCUGCUUGGCAGCUUUUCACUGGAACAGCACCACAAGGAAGCUUCUCACCACAAGAAACAGAAGUGGAGAGCCAGGAUUCAUGAACUCCUUCAAAGAUUGGGAAGUCAGCCACUGAAAACAGAAGAGAAUGGAAGGGAAGAAGAAAUGGUAGCCAGCUUUGGUAACCUUGCAAAUGUGAAUACUGGAUUAAAUGGAGCAGCAGCAGGGCCUUGCAAGAAGGUUGACUACUCCAAGAAGUCUCAGUCAAUAGAAAUUCACUUCAAAUGCCUGAGGGGAGUCAAAGAUAAGGUCCCUAAAGGCCACUACACUCUCAAAGUUUCUGUUCUGAGCCGCUUAGGUGGUGGCUUGCUGGAGAGACCUGAACUGAAGGAGCAGCCUCAGGCCAGGACAACGCAGCCUGUUACUCAUGGUGGAAACUUCUACAACACUGAAAUCUAUUUUGGACAAAGUAUCCAGACAGUUCUACCACAUAGAAAAGCUAUGAAGCCAGGAAUGGUACUCCUCUUUGAACUUUUCCUUCUUCGUGGGACCUAUGCUUGGAUUGAUCAAGAAGUAGGAUGGGGAGCUUUUCCCUUAUGUGAUAACAAUUUUAAUGCUUUGGAGGGAAAAUUUAAAUGUCCCUUCCUGAGAGGCCAUUACGACCCUAAAGUUGACAGAUUCAAAAAAAUUGAAAACUUUAUUUCUCAAGACUUGGAUCAUUGGUUAUGCAAUCUCUACUUUCAGAUAACUAAACUGCCACAGGAUUCAGAUAAGCAAAGUAAGUGUGAUAUGCAUCUUCAUCUCCCACCUGAACUUCACAUGUAUUCAAGUGUUGAUGAAAAGAAUGAUGUCUCAGAGAAGGUUGUACAGUCUGGACCGCAAGGGCAACCUCUGACCUCCCCGAAAGAUCCUGACACCCAUAAGGGAAGUAUUCCCACUGUUGUAAAGGAAGUGGAAAAGCAGUUUAAUGCAGCAAAAGGAGGAGAAGUGUGUGUGUCAGAAGAAGCUGGGAGGAAAAGAGAAGAGCUUAAAAUGCUUCCAGCAGAGGAUUACCAAGAUUGCCAUGGCAGUGCAGAUGAGCACUGUGACUUGUUUUGGCCAAAGGAAGUCCAAGGAGGACAUCGCAAGAUCAACUGGAAUAACCCACCCGACCAAUGUCAUGAGGAAAGAUCAGGUCCUGAGAACAAUGCAAGCCAAGAAGAAGAGAAAACAUCUGUAGAGAGCAAUUUUUACCUGGAAGAGUUAGAGAAAUAUACUUUUUCUGUGUGCUGCCAUUCUGCUGCUGAAGUGAAACUGUACCGGCAGGUUGUGGAGCAUUUCCAUUUUGCGGCAUACACAGUCUUUUCAGAGCUGGGAGCCACACACUGGUGCUCCAGGGACUUCUGGCUGCUCACACUGCUAGUAGUUUUGCUUUGGUUCAUGAGACUUUACCUGCAUUAUUUGAGCCAAUGGCUCUUUCUUCAGACCAUCUCAGUUCCUGUUACAAAAUUCCAGCUCUUUCCUCACACUGUUGAACUGUGUUACCAGAACUCAUUGCUGCACACCAGUGAAGAGUUGGUCAUGGUUGUGGUGGGACCCCUAACCUUGAAUGCAGGGCUGCUUCUUAUGGUCCUGAUCAGAUGGGGCUGUCAGCAGCUGUUUGACUCAUUCCCUUCCUUCUUGUCAAAGUUUAUCAUAGCUGUGGGACUAUGGACAGUGCUAGACCCCUUGGCAGUGUUAGUAGUGGAUUCAUUCCUGGGGCGAUUUGGGAACAGUGUAGACAAACCGAUUGCUGAUGCUGCAAAACUCUCCUGGGUCUUUCUAAGAGCUGAGGAGUCAGGGGUUCCUGGUGCUUUAAUCACUGUGAUGCUUUAUACAGUCCUGUUCAUGAUCUCAUCGACAGUAUUGUACCUGUAUUUUUUAAGGCUACAUAGCGAAGGUUGGCUGUUGGAUGUAUUUCGACGUAUUCAUGGUGAGGAAGGCACAUUCUUUGUUCCACUGGAUUUAGAGAUUUCCAGUCAGGAGCUGAGCUACAUUAUGAAGAGGGCUGAGCAAUGGAGAGGAAUCAACGGAGAAAGACGGAUGGUGGCAGUGUCUGAUUACAUCUGGAAGGACCACGCCAGCCAGCCUGGUGUCUCCAGCUGUGACCUCCAGCACCAGGAUGAAAUCCCUGACUCUGCAGCCAGCUUGAAAGGUAGCACCACUGUUCACGUCUCUGUCUACACUGUUCACCUCAGCGGCUUCCAGGAGCUCUACAGGCACUUCCUCCGGCUACCUGAUGGGGCUAUCAUUGAGGCAUUUGGUGAUAUUAGUGAAGAAAAUCUUUUGUGUAAUGAAAUGAACACAGCCCACAAGGAGCACAUAAGUGAGAUGGACAAUGUGCUGUAUACAUUUACACGUAUCAAACUGAGGGAGAGGAAAAAGAGUACAGCAAGGUGGAAAGGAAAUCCAGUUGUCUCUGACAAGAGCUAGUUCCUGCAGUCAUGCAUAUUCCAUGAAGUUGUUUCCAUCCUGAUCCACAUCCAUGGUAUGGUUACUGUCUGAUAGGAUUUAUGUUUCUGACAACCAUAUCUCUGUGUGUAAAGUGUUGUCCUGCAAAUGCUCCAUUUGUAGCUCUUCUAUGGCUUCAACAAGCUUUGCAGUGUGGAGAGCUCAUGGGAUCAGAUCACAUAUCAUGCAAAUAUUAUUAUUUCGUAUGAUUUUUUUUCUUUCCAAAUUGUGGGACACUCCUAAAUUUCUCAGGUUUGCUUGUUCUUGCUUUUUCAAGUUUGCUUGUACCUGCUAGCUGUGGUGGGGAAAAUGUUGCUUUUUUGUCUUUUAAGUUUCAUGACUAAAACAUUGACAGCAUUUUCAGUAAUUAUUCAAAGCACAACACGAUUGUAAUUACAAGACUGCAAAAAUGCCCAGAAGAGGAACAAUGAUGGCUUCAUCUUCCAGUUCUGUAACCAAGUCCCAACAGACUGCAAAAUUUACAGGAUCCCAGAGACCAUUUUUCUGAGGUCUUCGUGAUGGCCAUACCUGCUUCCCCGGGAGCUACAGAAGCUUAAAGCAACCUGGAGGUUAUCCUCAUGCUUUUUUAGUAGUAUUAAAGUUUUGCUCAUUGGUUUGAACCCAUCAGUGCCUAUUCUAUUUAGCUCCAUACAAAUGCAUCAGAAAUUAAGUCCAUGCCACAAAGGCAAGAACUAUGAGAGACAACAGAAGGAGAAGAUGGGAAGGGGAACACAGGCAAGAAAGGUGAAAUCAUUUGUGCAAGGCCACCAAAAUCAGAGGUAAAUGUAGAAAUAUAGGGCAGACUGCCAGUGCCCUGAUUCUUAGUCUUCCCUGUGGUAGGAUACUUUUUGUCCUGAAAAUGCAGUUGGAAAAGGGAAGACUCUCACUUUACUGCUAUUUCGAAUAAUUUAUGUAGAAUGCUGUAAUCUAUUAACUUUAGUAAUCAGUGACAUUUUUCUAGCAUGUAUGAUUUUCUGGUGUCCCUUUGUUCACUCCGGUAUGGAAAAAAUUUUUCAGAUCCACCUACCUUUGCAAGAUCUUACCCAAUAUAUCGAGCAUUGUUGAUUAAUUUUGUUACUUAAAUCUAUGAUUAAUUUUGUUACUUAAAUCUAUGAUUCUAAUCCACCUGAAUAAUCAGGAAUUACAUUAGGUAGUAACCUGAACGUUUAAAUGUCACUCCUGAGAACAGUUUUUCUUUGGGUUUGCAAGACAACAAUCUGGUUUCCAUUUUUUAUUUCUGGUUUAUUUUUCCUCCCCGGUUUAUUUGUGUGCAUGUGCAUAUGUGUGUGGUUAUUUUAUGAGUUACACCCAGACAGAAAUGGUGUUUAAAUCUUCUGAAUAUUUACAAGAACUGAUGCGAUUUGUGUGGCUUCUAUUGCAUCAGAUAUUACUUGGAUGACUUCUCACUGUCAUAACAGGAAUAAAAUUGCCUUUUUAAUAUUUGCUUUGCCUGUUGACCCUUUAAACCGCUGUACAUGACUUUGAAAAAGAAACUAACUGAAAAGAAAUCAUUCAGUCUCAGAAUUUUUCUGUGGAUUUUUUCUACCUGAGCAGCAUUGUUCUUUUCACCAAUUACCCCAGAUUUUGGGGUAAUACCAAUUACCCCACAAUAAUUAAUGACACACACAAUAUGGUGGAGGCUGCUGGGAUUGCCUGUUUUCAUGACUGUCCUGUGCUGUGAAUUAAGAUGGUGAUCUGUAACCUAUUGCAGUUCCUGGGCGACUGUACCAAGAAGACAGCAUGCUGUGGGCAGCAUCAUACUAUGUGCAUCUUCUUGGCCUCAGUUUUGUCUUUCAACAUGACUGACUAUAAUGGUAAUAAUCCCUCUGGGCAAUAUUAAUGCCCCAGGUUUCCCACCACUGAGUUAUGAUAUCCAGUCUGGUUCUGUGAGAUUUUGACUUCAGUGUUGGUAAUACAGUGUUGGUAGUUAGCCUGAUGGCAGGACUGACUUUAUGUGCGGAACCACCAUACCUUCAGUUCUAAUAGGAUUGUGCUGACUUUUUAGCAAAUGUGGAUCUGGUCCUGAGAUCUGCAUGAGGGACUUGAUUGACCACUUUUAUUCCCUCAGUUAUAUUGGAAUGUCUACACUGACUUUCAUCUAAUCUGGGAUGUAAAAUUCUGUAAUUACAUAUUUGUGAAAGCUGAAUUUAAAGUAUGCUUAAAUAUUAAGUAGAUCUACCUUACUUUUUACCCAGUAAAUGUAACAUCCUUCCUAUUAAUUUUGAUUACUUGCAUCCCAUGAGUUCCCAUGAUUGUUGGUCAAUAUACAGUGGGGGGCAUUGGCUUUGAAAUUGUUUUCUGAAGUGCUCUUAUCAGCAACACCAUCCAUAAUGCUCAGUUAUAGCUGGAUAGUAAUUGCCUGUCUAUGCAGUGUUCCUUUACAACAGUUUUCUCCUGUGUAGCUAUAUAUAUGUAGUCAUUACUGAAAAGUGUAAAUAAAGAAUCCUUUUAGUGGUGUAGUUUCCCUGGGUACCUACUGUGCUCUUAUUAUCUAAAACAUACUCCCCAUCUGUAGUUCUAUUCUAUUAAAGGAUAAAGACAUAACUAUGAAUUAAAAAUUAAAAUGCUUGUUGCAGAUUGGAGAGCAAGGUCUAAUAGAAUAUAUCUGGUGCUAGGCUCACAGUACAGUAGAUAGAUUACACUAAGCACCAGUUAAGCAAGGGGAUGAAAAAUGAGUGAUUUUCAUCAUUCAGUUAAAUAUAGUGCUAAGUGGUAUGUGCUAGCAUUAAAAGCAAAUUACUUAGCACUUCACCAAUCACAGCAUGAGAGCAUUCCAUUGGAAACAGUAUUUCCAGUGAUGCUCAGUCCUCAGUUUUAUUAAAUAAAUCAGCUGGUAAUGCUUAAGGAAGCAGUAGAAGACAUAUUGUUAUGGUAAUAUAAAGAUUAAAAAUGUAAAAAUAAAGAGACACAGUACCUCAUUUUAAUUAAAUGUGCUAAGAAAACCUCCCUCUCUCUUAACAACAAAACUCCAAGGUGCUGGCAAAUCUGUAAUUUCCUGUACUUUUUUUAGGUCUUCCUUUCUUCCUAAUGAAUAUGACCUUUCUUUUUUUUCUUCUUUAUAAUGACAUCUUUUUUUCUCAUAAAUCUGAUGACAUGUCACUGAACAUUUUGAUGAGCUUUUCUGAUUCCCUCCUAUAUCUCCUUGAUAGGAUAUUAUUAUCCAGUAGUCUGAAGAUAGGGAGCCUAAUCCUCAGCACAGGUACUUUUUGACUGCUCAGUUAAAGACAACAGAGAUGUGAGAAUUUACAGCACGAGAGGGUUUGACAUUGCAGCCUACCUUUAUAUCCCAUAGCAACAUUAUUUCCUCCACAGCAAUGGUCAUUGGGAGACGGUCAAAUCUGCUGUCUGAACACACAGAAGAUGUGAGUAGUUGUAAACUUUCCUGAAUUUCAGACCAGUCCUAAGCCACCGACUCCUCCUAAACAAGAGUCAUCUAUUAGGAGCUACACAACAAAACUCCUGAGAAUGACACAUGUGGAAGAUGGUCCAAAGUCUGAGCCACAGCUGCAUCUUCACCAGCAUGAUCAAAUAUUAGAAGAAGAGAAAAUUAAAGUUCAGGUAUAAAAAUUACAAGAUUGGGGAGCCUAUGUAUGAAGUUAUCUUGAGUUCUUCAUUUCACCCCAGCGUCAUUCUAUGUGGAAUCCUA